GGGUUGAUUGUUAACUGUUGAGAGCUCAAAGAGGUCUCGAGUUUGGAGUAAGUUUUCAAAAGACCUUGUGCUACCAAACCUUCUUCAGUUUCGAAAAUCAUGGCGCCAAUUCUUCAAAUUUGAAACUUGGCAUUUUCUAUUGUUAAGAAUGUCAAAGAAGAAAGGCCUCUCUUUUGACGAUAAAAGGACCCGUAUGCUAGAAAUUUUUACAGAAUCAAAAACAUUUUUUACCCUGAAGGAACUGGAGAAAGUAGCCCCGAAGCAAAAGGGAAUAGUGUUGCCUUCUGUAAAGGAAGUUCUUCAAAGCCUCGUGGAUGACGAUGUGGUAUCCAGUGAUAAGUGUGGAACACAAACAGUCUACUGGUGUCUUCCAAGCCAGGCUGUACAAAAGAAACGCUGUAGAAUAGCUUCUCUUACUGAACAUCUACAAGCAAAAUACGCAUUAAGACAACAGCUUUUUCAAAGGCGCGACGAGCUCCGCAACUCUCAUCAAGACACGGAAGAGAGGACACACUUCAUUGAGCAAAUCAAUGAGUUGGAAUCUAAGCUAAAGCUUAUUCAAGAACAACUGGAUAUCUAUAAAGAAUCAGAUCCCGAAGUGCUUGCUGAGAUUCGAAAUGUUUCUCAUAUAGCCUGGGAAGCAACAAAUCGUUGGACAGAUAAUAUUUUCUCGAUAAGAAGUUGGGUAACCUCAAAGUUCGGCUUACCGAGCUCAGAGUUUGACAAAAACUUUGGACUAUCAGAAGAUUUCGACUAUAUUUGAGUCGGAAUGCGAAUAAUGACGAGUUCCGCAUUUUCUACAUCA